AUGAAGUUUCUCUGUUUACACGGGGCCAACACCAAUGCCGAGAUUCUCGAGAUCCAAACCGGUGGCCUGAGACAGCAGCUUUCGAAAAAAGGACACACAUUCACAUUCAUAAAUGGGAAAGUCGUCGCACCAGUUUUAGGAGAACUCGAAGGCGUAGUUGACGGCCCAUUCUAUAACCAUUAUGACGUUGACAACACCCCCGGUUCAGAAGUUACCCAAGCAAUCGAAUACACCCAACGCAUAAUAAGCGAACAGGGACCCUUUGACGCCGUUCUUGGCUUUUCGCAAGGCGCCGGUCUCGCCGCUACACUUAUCAUUGAUCAUGCAAAAACACACCCUGACGAACGGCCUUUGUUCCGAGCCGCGGUUUUUCUGUGCGGUGACUCGCCGUGGGAAAGCUCCGGGCUGCUGAAGGUCCCGGCCACAUCUGAUACGUACCCGAUUAAUAUCCCUACUGCCAAUGUGGUGGGUAAACAAGAUCGUGUCCUUGAGAACAGCAUGAAACUUUAUAAGCUUUGUGAGCCUUCAAAGGCGACAUUCUAUGACCACGGUGGCAAGCAUAUGGUUCCCUUUGAUGCGAAGAACCAGGAGGGUAUUGUUAAGAUUAUUGAUGAGACUAUUGCAAAGGCUAUGAGGGGUUAG